GAGUGAAGCUUGCUUUGCUGUCGGCAGCUCCUGUCUCUCGGGCACACCCACCCAGGAAGGACAAUGUCCAGCGCGCCCGUGGCUGUGGUGACGGGGGGCAACAAAGGCAUCGGCUUUGCCAUCGUGCGGGCCCUGUGCAAGCAGUUCCCGGGGGAUGUGUACCUGACGGCCCGGGAUCCCGGCCGGGGGCAGGAGGCGGUGGCCAAGCUCCAGCAGGAGGGGCUGCGGGCCCUCUUCCACCAGCUGGACAUCGAUGACCCGCAGAGCAUCAGAGCCCUCCGGGAUUUCCUCAAGGAGAAGUACGGGGGGCUGAACGUGCUGGUGAACAACGCGGGCAUCGCUUUCAAAGUUCAUGACACGGCUCCAUUUGCAGUCCAAGCUGAGGUUACACUGAAGACAAACUUUUUUGGAACCAGGAAUGUUUGCACAGAGUUGUUGCCUCUUAUGAAGCCCUAUGGGCGGGUGGUGAACGUGUCCAGCAUGGUGAGCAGCUCGGCCCUGAAGGGCUGCAGCCAGGAGCUGCAGCAGAAAUUCCGCAGUGACACCAUCACCGAGGAGGAGUUGGUGCAGCUGAUGAACAAGUUCGUGGAGGACACCAAGAAAGGGGUGCACGACAAAGAGGGUUGGCCAAACACCGCCUAUGGGGUGUCCAAAAUCGGGGUCACCGUCUUGUCCAGGAUCCAGGCCCGGCUGCUGAACGAGAAAAGGAAAGGGGACCACAUCCUGCUCAAUGCCUGCUGCCCUGGCUGGGUGAGGACAGACAUGGCAGGUCCCAAAGCCACCAAAUCCCCCGAUGAGGGGGCUGAGACCCCCGUUUAUUUGGCCCUUUUGCCUUCAGAUGCUGACGCUCCUCACGGGCAGUUCGUGAGCGACAAAACUGUCCAACCCUGGUGAGCUGAGGCAGGUGGCAAUGGGGAGGUGCCUGACCUUGGUUGCCUAAUUUUACUUUUCAUUGUGUCAUUGCCAGCCCUUUUCCCAAUCCCUGAGACAGGAGAAGUGGAGAUGGGAUGAGGGAGUAGGUGCCUUAUUAUUUCGGAGUAGAUCUUUGUGAGGUCCAGAGCUGCUUCUUGAGGCUGAACAGGGUUUCUUAAAGGAGAGUGAAGUGUUUUAGGGAGUGUUUUGGGAGAGACUCAUAAGAUCAGAACAGAAUCACUGCUGUGUAGAGACAUUCCUUACUAUCAGAACAAAAUUAAAUUAGGAGAAUAUCAAAAUAGCAAGGAUGUACCAUUAAUAGAAAAAUGUAAUCAUUUUUUUUCAUUAUUAAUAAUGUCACGAAAUAAUUACUUGCUGAUUUGUAUUCAUCAGACUGGCUUCUUCUGGUACUAAGAACUUCUCGAGUUUGAAAAUGCAUUUUGAUUUUCUGCAGCCAAGUUUGUGGCUGGAACGUGUGAUGUCUGCACUACAGAAAGAGAAAAUAAACCACUGCUAAAUCAAA